GUGUUUAUUUGUUUUUUUCGCCAGUUUUAUUACUUCACCGCUCAGGUUAUACGGUAUUGUGGUAUUCAGGGGAUGGCGAGUGCUCUCGUCACAAAGAGAGCGUCUUCCUCCCUCCAAAAGACCUCUGCCCUCUUCAGAAUCUCAUCCAGCUUCUUUCGAAACCUUAAUUCCACCAAUUUCACCACCAAUUCCUCUGGAAAUGCAGCAGCUGGUGUCGGAGCUAAGUGUCCGAUUUGGAAGAAGAAGAAAAAGUUCUCAGAGGAUGGGAGGCAUGGAAAGGAAUGGGGGAUGGCUUACAGAGAUGGUCUCUUAGGAAUAAACUCAUUCAAAGUUGAGAAAUUCCUGAAGAAAAUUGGGCUAGGAAAAGAAGACCACCAUUUCUGGAAGCAAGUCGGCAAAGCACUAUUAUGCACGUAUGCUCUUUUUGGUGUGGCAUGGCUGUGGAAUGAAACUUCCCCACUUGGGUGGUGGACGUUGAAGCCGAGGCCUAAGGAAGAGAAAGAGCUUGCUCAUCUCUAUGAGCGCCGGAAGUUUCCUUACCCAGGCGAUAAGGAGGCCAUGGAGGAGUUCAUUGCUAAGGGUGGGAUGAUUGGUACCACCAUUGGGCCAAAAGGGAUCAUUGAAACCGAUAAAGAUUCUUACAAUUUUCAGAAAGAAUUGCAGGACAAGAAGUUUGAGCAGGAGGCUUUGAAACUUUGGUUAAGGAUGAGAAAUGAGGUUAUAUCUGAGCUACAAGAGAAAGGAUUUGAUGUUGAGUAAACUGCCCGAACUAGUAGUGUUGCUGUCAAAUUCCAUGCUAAUGGAAUUUGUGGGAUUGUGAUGAUGUUUUUUUGUCACCUAACCCCACUUGGUGUUUCUGAAUGCUGAAUGUAUGUGUUGGAUGAAUUGCACAAAAAGAAGUGAAUAAAGAAAUUAUCAAGUGAAAAA